GGGGUCACAGUGGUCCCAAGACCCCACCCUCUGGAUCGCAGUCCCACCUGGACCGGUAUCGGCCUCGUCAAUGUCCCAGAGGGGGCCUUCCUGGAGUUCUCUGUGGACAACAUCCCCCACUCCAUGGAGUACGACAUCCUGAUCCGCUAUGAGCCUCAGCUGCCUGACCAAUGGGAGGAGGUUCUGAUGACGGUGAUGAGACCUGGACCAAUCAGAGCAGACAGUCGCUGUGUCAACACGGUGCCAGAUGACAACCACCAAAUGAUCUCACUUCAUCCCGGCUCACGGUAUGUGGCUCUUCCCAGACCAGUUUGUUUCGAGUCUGGUCUGAACUACACAGUCCGCCUCAGUCUGCCUCUGUACUCGGCCCUCAGUGACGUCCAGUCUCCGUAUACGCUCAUUGACUCGGUGAGGAAACGUGUGUGUGUGUGUGUGUGUGUGUGUGUGUGUGUGUGUGUGUGUGUGACAGACACACACAGGACGGACCGACGGCGACGGAGUGAAGGGGGUUUCCGGACCAG